CCCCUCGCCCGACAGCGCAGGCGGUCGUGUGUCUGCAUCCGCCUCCAUCCGCCUCCAUCCGCCGCCAUGCCGCCCAAGUUCGACCCCAACGAGAUCAAAGUCGUGUACCUGCGCUGCACCGGCGGGGAGGUCGGCGCCACGUCCGCUCUGGCCCCCAAGAUCGGACCCCUCGGCUUGUCCCCCAAGAAGGUCGGGGAUGACAUCGCCAAGGCCACGGGAGACUGGAAGGGGCUGCGGAUCACGGUGAAGCUGACCAUCCAGAACAGGCAAGCCCAGAUAGAGGUUGUUCCUUCUGCCUCUGCUCUGAUUAUCAAAGCUCUGAAGGAGCCUCCUCGUGACAGGAAGAAGCAGAAAAACAUCAAGCACAGCGGCAGCGUCAGCUUUGACGAGAUCGUGGCCAUCGCGCGGCAGAUGCGGCACCGGUCCCUGGCCCGUGAGCUCUCAGGGACAAUCAAGGAGAUCCUUGGGACUGCCCAAUCAGUGGGCUGCAGCAUUGAUGGUCGGCACCCACAUGACAUCAUUGAUGACAUCAAUAGUGGUGCAAUUGAGUGCCCAGCUAGCUAGGGCUGGAGAAAUGAAGUUGCUGUAUAAAGGCUCCUGAGGUUUUUUGUAGCACUUUAAGUACUUAAUAAAAGACCCAGUUGUCUGCA